AGUCAAUGAAUACUUACUCUUAAAAAACCUUCUUUAAACUUUCUCAUUUUUGCGCUCCCUCUUCGGAGAAGAAUCUUUUUAAAAUCCGUUUCAGUUGUACUUCAGCUCUCUUUGAACUCUAAUCAUAUUAAAGAAUUAAAAAAUAUUACGAGAUGACUGUUGAAUUAGAUCCUACAGGAACCUAUUGAAAAAAUCUUAAGAACUGUAAAAAUUCGCGAUGAAGAAAAAAAAAAUGUAGCAGUUUAUUCAAAAGUUUAUACUUUUACAGAUGAAAACAGAACCGUUUUUGAACUCACUGGAUGUUCUUAUUAUGAGUAUAGAAGUUUCAAUAAAGUGACUGAAAUGAUGUGAAUUUGUCUUUAAAUGUAUCAUUUGACUUUUUAUAUAACAAAAUAAAAACUAGAACAUUAAAAUUAUAUGUUGUUUAGUU